GUGUAAAAGCAUCCAAAAUGGGGAAGACAGAAAAAGGAACGCCAAAAGAUUUGGCCAACAAAAUGAAAGCCAAAGGCCUUCAAAAGCUUCGCUGGUAUUGCCAGAUGUGUGAGAAACAGUGUCGUGAUGAGAAUGGUUUCAAGUGUCACACUAUGUCAGAGAGUCAUCAGCGUCAGUUGCUACUUUUUGCUGAAAAUCCAGACAAGUAUCUGGACAGUUUUUCGGAAGAGUUUAUGGAGGGUUACACUAGCUUGCUCAAAAGAAGGUUUGGAACCAAACGUGUGCAUGCAAAUAAUGUAUACCAAGAAUAUAUUCAAGAUAGGCAUCAUGUACACAUGAAUGCAACCCAGUGGGAAACACUCACUGACUUUGUCAAGUGGCUGGGACGCGAGGGAUACUGUGUUGUUGAUGAAACAGAAAAGGGUUGGUAUGUUGCGUAUGUGGACCGUGAUCCAGAGACAAUAAGAAGACAGGAAAUGCUUAAAAAGAAAGAAAAGUUUGAGAAGGAUGAAGAGGAACGAAUGCAAGAGUUUAUAAACAAACAAAUAGAACUGGGGCAACAAAAAGAAAAGAAAGAGGAAGCAGUAUACACAGAGUUGAAGCAGGAUGAAGAGGGGAAAGCAUUGGGUCUUAAUUUGAAACUAAGCACAAAUAAAGUCCCAGUUAAAUUGAAGGCAAAUACAGUCAGUAAUGUGCUUGAGGCAACCUCUAGCAAAAAAAGAACUCACCUGCAAAGUAAAACUGAUUCCAAGAAACAACGCACUGCAUUGGAAGAAAUAAUGGAGGCAGAAAUGCAAGAGAAAAGGGCCAAAGAAAUGCUGGCAAAACAGCUCGCUGCAGAAAAAGAAGUAAGAAAAGAACGCCCUUGGUUACAGAGGGAUAUCAUCGUGAAAAUUGUCUCAAAAGACCUGGGGUCAAAAUAUUACAAAGUGAAGGGUGUCGUCAAGGAUGUGGUGAAUGAUUAUGUGGGUGUGAUUAAACUUUUGGAAUGUGGCACAACUCUCAAAGUUGACCAGUCUAAAUUAGAAACGGUGAUUCCGUCACCAGAGAGGAAGGUGCUCGUCCUCAGCGGGAAAUAUAGUGGCAUGGAAGCCAUUCUCAAAAAGAUCAACGAGUCUGCUUUUAGUGCAGAGUUAGAGCUGAAAGGGGGAAAAGUUUUGAGUAGCGUUCCAUAUGAAGGUUUCAGUAAACUUCACGUACCUUGAAAUGAUUGUGGAUUGUGUUGAUAAAAUCUUUCGAUAAUGUCAAAAGUGUUUCAGGAAUUGUGACUUUACUGCCUAGUGGGAUACAUUAUAUUUUUUCUAUAUGUAAUGCUAAAAGCUAGUAUUCACUGAUUUCAGGAAACUGUAUUACAUAGUUUUAGGAAAAACAGGGUAUGCAUUGAAUUGUAAUAAAUAGAAGCAUCCUUCGAGUGAAAAAGAUCUCCCAAAAACUCCAGUGUUACUUUGGUCCUUUACAUUGCCUGGUCAUGUAGAAGAUCUUCAUGUGCAAUUAAAUAUUUUGGUUUUAUUUAUACCCUGUUAGGCUUGCUUAGAAGAAUUGGAAUUCAACAGUCAAUAAUUGUGUGAUUAACAGACUACGUAUGUCUCAGAGGAAUCAUCUCAGUAACCUGUAGCAAACGGGUUCCUGUACAUAGAAGUUUUUAUCUCUCUCUUGCCUUUAUUGAUUUGAAAUAAGAAGGAUUGUGGAGUUUUUGAGUGCCACUCUUUUGUAGAAUGGAUGUGGUUCAAGGUAAGUGACCACAAUAAGGUUUUUAUGAAAUUAACCUAAAGGAGAUGAAAUGCCAUGGAAGUAGUUUUAAAGAUUAAGAAUAGUAGUAGCUGUUUGGUCACCUAAGUCUGCAACAUGUUUAAAAUGAGAAAAGUUGAGAGCUUCCUCAUUGUCAGGGUUUAGCUAAUUGGUGUAGUUUACUAUAUUGAUAUCGUCAACACAAGUUCUGCAUGUGAAUGAUGAUGAUGAUGAUGACAGUAGUAAAUGUAAGAAAAAUUAGUUUUAUGUAAGAAAAUUUGAAGUUAUGGACCCAUGGGUCUUAUACUAAAUGUGUUUUUUCAA